AUGAAGAUAUUAGAAGCUCAGUCGGCAACGCUGACGAAUUAUGAGGUUUACACCCAUCUGGUCGACCAGGGGAAAAGAUACCAGGACAUCAGAAAGAACGCCGAAAAGGAUAAGAAUGGCAAGAUCCCAGAAAACGUGGUGAGAAGACCAGGAAAUCUAUGGACACUACGAAAAGAGCUUCUCGAGUACUUUCGCGAAGCACCCUCACCUCUCGCAUGCCAGCCAAUACCCUACAACGAUGAAACGAUACGAACCCUUCUCAAGGAGCUACGGCGCUGGGAGAUAACCAAAGGAGAGGUCAUCAUGAUGCUAAAUCUGCGACCUACCAAGCUCGAGAAUCUGAACACUAUUAUCCAGGAGAUGGAAGGCCGUUUUGGCGAGGAAGAUCAAACAGAGAUCUUAGGUGUGAUUACGAGAGUGCUUGGGAAACCGGAUGGGGAGGCCGAGAGACAGGCGAUGGCGGAUACUACAGAGGGGUUGAAAAAGGCUGAGGAUCUUGAAGCGCAAGGCGAUCAACAACCGCAGGACCAAGUCUAG